AUGUCCAGUGGAGGUGUCCAUCAGGCAGCCAGGGAGGCUGGCCUGCGCAAUUGUGUGAGGUUCGUUUGGAAGGAGACGGCUGUUGGAGGACGAGAUUGGUUUGUGAAGACCGUAUUGAUCGACGGGCUCAAGGUGGACCCAGGACAAGUCUUCUGCCUGCAGUGGAAUCCUUCCGACAACUGCUACGACGUUACACUUCACAGCCAGGUUAUGUACGACCGUUUGCUAAUGACGUGCAAGGCCAAGGCAGAGUCUGUGCCCUCUUCCCUUUUCAAGGUGGAGCCUUUGGGACAGAGGAAUGUGCGGGUCAUCACGGUGCACAUGUACAACCCGUAUGUCGGCGACAGUUCUGAGUCCUCCUUGGAGAGGAUCCUGAGAGUGGGGAUGGCCUUCGACACCCUCCUGCCUAUUUUUCACUCGGAAGGGAAAGGGGUUUUUUGUUUUGCUCGGGUCAACCGAGUUUUUGUAGGCAGUGUCGCUCUUUCGGCUGGCUGCACUGUCAGUUCCGGCAACCGUUGCCGGAACUGUGGAGGGGAGGGACAUGGAGCAGCCUCAUGCAGUCAACAAAAAACCUGCAAUGGGUGUGGGAAAACAGGCCACCUUUUUCGGGUCUGCCCUUCUCGAGGCUGCACGUAUGCGGCAGUGGCAGGGGAGAGUCUGGGCCCAAGCCUGGGACCUUUGGUGGAGGAGCUGCAGGAGGUCCAGGGGGUGGAGGGUGACCUCCCAGCAGGGAAGGCAGCAACGGCUGCUGAAGCUGAUCCAGGUGCGGAGCCAUUCCGGCUGAUGGGGCCGAGGACACGGUGGAAUAAUUACCGGGCUAUCUGGAACUCUCGCCAGAGCCUGGUCGGCCAGGGCAGGAGGAGAAAGUGGAUGUGGGCCGGACAACAUGCAGAGACUCAACCCAAUGGGGCCCCUUUGUCGCUGUCGGGCCGCUAUGACAUCUUCACCGGGGAUUCGGGAGAAGGGGUGUCCAGUGGACCGGUGGCUGUAAAGGCUGGUCCUGUGGAGGGCUCCAACAUGGUGACUCUGGAGGAUGGCUCUGGGGUGGAGUCUCGGCCUGUGGAGUUGGGGCUGGCGUCACCUUUAAGCCCAACACACUCUUUCCUGGAGGCCGGAUCGCCCAGCAGUGUGGCCUACCUGCAGGAGUUAGGGUCUUAUGGUCCAGAUGGCUCUCUCGGGGUUGAGGCUGAAGGGACCGUGGGAGAGACUGAAAGAGGUUAA